AAAAAAAUUCCAAAAGCAUUUUCUAGAGUUAGUCAUCACCAAGAAAGGUCCAAAGGAGGAGGAAUAAUCAUUUGUCAUUAUACCAUGAUAUUCCCCUUUUAUCUUUAAGGAAAGCAUAAAGUUAAAACAAAAUUUUAAAAAUAUAAAAAGAAUUUAUAAUAUAAAUUAAAUAAAUAAAUAAAGAAAAAUAAAAUAAAAAAGAGAGAUAAGAUGGAAUUUUCAAUUUUUGAACUAGAGAACCAAAUCUAUGACAUGCCUUUAUACCCCAACCUCAAAAUGGUAAGCCUUUUGAAUCACUUCAAGCAUCAAAAAAAUUAAUCCAAUUUUCGGUGUCUUAAACAUUGCUUAAUUAUUUUGUUUUUAUGGGAACUUUCAACACCAAGAGUAGAAAUUCAGAGCUAUAUAAAACUCUAGGAUUAUUAGAUAAACCACCUCUACUUGAAGAUGCAUCAGAAAAACCACCUCAAAUUGUGUCACUCAUAGCAUCUGUUCUUGAAAGAAACAUUCACAAAAAUGACAAGUUAUUCAAGAAGUCGAAAACUAAAGAUGGUGUGACAAUCUUUCAUGGUUCGAAAGCUCCUACAUUGAACAUCAGGCAGUACAUGGACCGCGUGUUCAAGUACUCCAAGUGUAGCCCUUCUUGCUUUGUUGUAGCAUACAUUUACAUGGAUAAGUUCAUUCAAUCCACAAAUUGUUACCUUACCUCGCUCAAUGCUCAUCGCCUUCUCAUUGCUUCGGUUCUUUUGGCUGCCAAGUUUAUUGAAGACGUGACUUACAACAACGCACAUUUUGCCAAAGUUGGAGGCGUAAGCAUAUCAGAAAUGAACAAGCUAGAAUUGAAGCUGCUAUGCAGUCUCGACUACAAGCUUCAUGUCACAGUAGAGACGUUUGAUCAGUAUUGUCUACAGUUGGAGAAGGCAGCAGGCUCGGGAAAUGAGAGGAGGAGCUGCCACAAUGAACGAGCAAUGCAAACCUGUGGCCUAAAAGGUAGCUGGUUGAAGAAAGACGAGUCUAAAUGCACUCCAAAGUUCACAGGGUAUACCUGUGGAGCCAUAUAGUUUAGCCACUUCCACACAUUCAGCGUCUUAAAGAUAUGGGAUGCUUGAAGUUCUUUAUCCACACACACACACAGACAGACAGUUAUCUAUAUCUUCAUACCGAAAUUCAAAAUUUAAGACAAGUCUUUCACAUUCGCCAAAAGGCUGUUAAUGGUAUAUACUUGGUGCCAAAGAUAUGGCAGCUGAGUAAUAUUUGUUAAUAAUCCUCUUCAUAAGUUCAUAUUA